AUGGACCCCAACCGCGUGCUCGGACUCGUGCAGCAGUUUCUCUUCGAGCGCGGCCUCCACCAGACCCUGGCCGCCUUCGAGGAGGAAACCGGCGGCCUGCUGGACGCCUACGACCAGGACAUGGCCCGCACGCAGCCCGGCGGCCAGCUGGUCGAGAUGCUGAACACCGCCUUGCAGGCCCGCGUGGAGGCCGGUCUGGCGGAGAUGGCCAUCGCUCGGUCGCUCUCUCCGGCGGACGCGGCCUUCCUGGCUCCGCACCCGGCCGGCGUGCCGGGCAUCAGCCUCCUCCGGAACCUGGCCGGCCUCCACGGAAACAACAUCCUCUGCGUGGCGGUGCAGCCCCCGGUCCCGGAUGGCAGCCAGACCCCCGACCAGCCGCGCUACCUGGCCACCGGCGGCGCCGACCAGCAGGUCAUCCUGACCAACCUGGCCACCGGCCUGCCGGAGAAGUACCUCCACCACCACCGUGCCGGGGUCCUGUCAGUGGUGUUCAACCCCCGCCGGCCGGAUUUGCUCAUCUCCACCUCCAUGGAUGCCACGCACCAUCUGAUUGACGCCUCUGCGGACAUGUUCUCCGCCGUGGCCCAGUCCUGGGCCGACCACAAGAAGUUCCUCGUCCGCGCGGCCUUCAAGUUCAGCCCCUGCGGCGGAUACCUCGGUGUCCUGACCGACCGCAGUCGGCUGAUCAUCUUCCGCGCGCACUCGGCCGAGCAGGUGGCCAACAUCUAUGGCAUCGACACCGACCCCCUGGGCAUGCCAUCCUACGUGUGGCACCCCUCCGGCAAGGUGCUUUUCGCCGUGACCAACGACCGGAACAUCGCCUGUGUCAUCCUGGCCACCCAGUCCAUCUGCCAGAUCGCCCGUCACCACCGGAACGUCGUGCGCGGCCUCGCCUUUGACGCGACCACCGAGCGCCUGUACGCCUGCUCGUAUGACAACUCCGUCAGCGAGUGGGGAGUCACCUUCACGUCCAAUGCCGCCUCGCCAACGGUGCACCUGUCUUGA